GCAUGCUCAUCCUGCCGACGGUCAAGAUUCUCUCAAUCCCCACAAGAAACAUCGGCGCCUACCGUUCGAUUCAAAGCUCUGGCUCAACCACACUGUCAUGGGGUAACCAUGGUCAGUUAGUCCAAACAUUUGGGUUGAGCUUUGUUCUCUGACUGAAUUCAGCUUUGACAUGGGCAUGUGAGGGGGAGGCACUUAGAGAGAGAGAGAGGAGGGACUGGUUUGUUAAGCUCCCGCUUGGAGUGGUUUUUAGGCUGUAGAAUACCAUUUGUGGGAAUUAUAGAUUCUGAUAUCUAUUAGCUCCGUCUUUCCUUUUCUUCAAUGUUAUAUAUCCAACGUCAUCAUCACCAUUUCAUUUGCAGAUGAUUGGUCACUCCGUAUGAUUUUCCUGUUGUUCUCUUCUUCGGAAUUUCAGCCCCCCCUUUGCCUUUAAGAGAAUUUCUGCCCCUUCUUUUUUUGGCGUUUCUACCACUUCUAGCAGAUCCAGGCCGGGAAAUCUUAAAUCUCCACUCUUUUUUUUUUUUUUUUAAUUAUAGUCCCUUUGGCUUUGUGAAGUUUUUAGAUCUCCCCCCUGUUGUAGAGUUGAAGUUAUUUCGUGAAUGUGAUUGGAGAGAUCUUGUUCAUUCUCUCUUCUUUCGCCCGAGAUCUGACUUUCCAUCGUUUUUCUCUGCUAUUGUCUCGAAUAUCAGGGUUUGGAUCUUGGGUCUGUUAUUGUGAUUUGGGACUUCCGAGAAAGUAGUUUCAACAUAUCUGCUUCUUUUACGUCUCUGUAGAACCUUUUUUUUUUAACCUUAGGAAUAUGAAUACUUUCUGUGAGAGUUGUGGAAUCUGGAUCGCGAAGUAGGGAAAAGGAUGAAUUACUUUCCGGAGGAGGUACUAGACCACGUGUUUGACUUCGUGACGUCCCACCGGGACCGGAACGCCGUGUCUCUGGUGUGCAAAACGUGGUACAGAAUAGAAAGAUGUAGCCGGCAAAAGGUCUUUAUAGGUAACUGUUACUCGAUCAGCCCGGAGAGGGUGAUCCAGAGGUUUCCUAGACUAAAAUCCCUGACUCUGAAGGGAAAGCCUCAUUUUGCAGACUUCAAUCUAGUUCCCCAUGAUUGGGGAGGCUUUGUUUACCCUUGGAUUGAAGCACUGGCGAAGAACCGGGUGGGAUUGGAGGAGCUUAGAUUGAAGAGGAUGGUGGUCUCGGAUGACCUGGAGCUACUUUCCCGUUCCUUCACGAAUUUUAAGUCUUUAGUUCUUGUGAGCUGUGAAGGGUUCACCACCGAUGGCCUGGGUACUAUUGCUGCAAAUUGCAAGUUUCUUAGAGAGCUGGACUUGCAAGAGAAUGAAAUUGAGGAUCACAAAGGCCAAUGGCUAAGCUGCUUUCCUGAUACUUGUACAUCACUCGUCUCUCUCAAUUUUGCUUGUCUCAAAGGAGAGAUCAAUAUGGGAGCUCUUGAAAGGCUUGUGGCCAGAUCUCCUAACCUUAAGAGCUUGAGGUUAAAUCCUGCUGUGCCUCUUGAUACCCUCCAAAGGAUAUUGAUGCGAGCACCUCAGCUAGUUGACCUAGGUACCGGGUCUUUUGUUCAUGAUCCGGAUUCUGAGACAUAUGCCAGGCUCAAGAGUACCAUUUUAAAGUGUAAAUCAAUAACCAGUUUGUCGGGGUUUUUGGAGGUUGCGCCUUCUUGCCUUCCUGCUAUAUAUCCUAUUUGCUCGAACUUGACCGCCUUGAACCUGAGCUAUGCAGCAGGGAUUGAGGGUAAAGAGCUGAGGAAACUAAUUCGUCAGUGUGGGAAACUUCAGCGAUUAUGGAUACUGGAUUGCAUUGGAGACAAAGGACUAGAUGUUGUAGCUGCCACAUGUAAAGAUUUGCAAGAAUUGAGGGUUUUUCCAUGUGAUCCCUUUAGGGCUGGUCGGGCUGUAACGGGAGAUGGACUCGUUGCUAUAUCAAUGGGUUGCCCCAAGCUUCAUUCACUGCUUUACUUCUGCCAACAGAUGACUAAUGCUGCCCUCAUAACAGUGGCGAAGAGCUGUCCAAAUUUUAUCCGCUUUAGGUUGUGCAUCUUGGAGCCGACGAAACCUGAUCCAGACACACUGCAGCCACUUGAUGAAGGUUUUGGGGCAAUAGUACAGUCUUGCAGGCGACUCAAGCGGUUAUCGCUCUCUGGCUUGUUGACUGAUAAAGUCUUCCUUUACAUUGGGAUGUAUGCUGAGCAGCUGGAAAUGCUGUCCAUUGCAUUUGCUGGAGAAAGUGACAAGGGGAUGCAAUAUGUGCUGAAUGGAUGCAAGAAGCUUAGGAAGCUUGAGAUAAGAGAUUGCCCUUUUGGCAACACAGCACUUCUAACGGACGUAGGGAAGUAUGAGACAAUGCGAUCCCUUUGGAUGUCGUCCUGCGAAGUGACUCUUGGAGCCUGCAAGACACUGGCUCAGAAGAUGCCAAGGCUAAAUGUGGAGAUCAUAAAUGAGAAUGAACAGGAAGAAUGUAGUAUGAAGGAUGGGCAAAGAGUAGAGAAGAUGUACCUUUAUCGAACUUUAGUUGGGAAGAGGAAGGAUGCACCAGAAUUUGUAUGGACUCAGUAGGUGCAUUCUAGGCCAUUUUAAUUUUCCUUUUAUCGAGCAUUCUGUACUUGCUUAGGCCGACUUGAUUAAUGGAAUCUUAGCCAGGUGUAGUGGCUUGUUUCUGUUUUAUUUUGCAUUCUCUGCUUAUCAGUCCUCAUAGAGAUGCUGCCUGCAACCCUUAUUGAAAUCGUAUUAUGCCAUUUUGUGUUU